AGAACAAGUGGCUGAGCAGAGUAGCACAGCCGCCACGGCUACAGCAUCCUGCAGAUGACUCUGCUCCAUGGAGGAGAGGGAGGGAAAAAAGGACAAGUGUUGGAGAGAAAAGGGUAGAUCCACAAAUGAAGAGAGACUGAAAGGGGAUGAGAAGCACAGAAGGCGUAAGAGGGGUAAAUGAAAGGACUUGAGUUAAUACGGCUGUCUGCCUGAGGACCACUGCAGCUGUACUAAAUCUGGGACUGUCAGGAAAACCCUCAGCAAAGGAGCAAGUGAGAGAGGCAAGGGAGCAGAGGAUAAAAAUAAGUGAUUUGAAGAGCUGAUCCCAUCACUCUGGACAAGCAGGGAUGGCAACCCCAAGAGCCUCUCCGUCAGCAGAUCAAACUUCACACAGAAAAAGUGCCUUCGGAUAACCAGUCUGAACCUCUUCAGAGGAGUGAAGAAAACAGGAAAAACAGAGUUAUUCUGUUAGUUCCCGAAAGGUGAAAACUCAUACAGGACUACUGCACUGCUGCACACAGCUCAAGUCUCUGCUGUCCUCUUCUCAAGUAUCCCUCAGUCCCCCCUCGCACCUGCCUGCUCCUGGUGAAUGUCUUCUCUGCAUGCACUCCCACUGCUCCGCAGUUGAACACACUCAUGGUCGAUGCCAAGGGAAGGAAUAUGAAAUGUCUGACUUUCUUCUUAAUGCUUCCAGAGUCAGUGAAAAGCAAGUCAAGUAAAAGCUCCAAAAAAGGGAAUGCCAGCGGCAGCUCCAAGCUGCCCCCAGUCUGUUAUGAGAUAAUCACUUUGAGGAGCAAGAAGAAGAAGAAGAUGGCAGCGGACAUUUUUCCUACCAAAAAGCCAGCGUCCACCACCACAGUGCAACAAUACCAGCAGCAGAACCUCAACAACAACAACACCAUACAGAACUGUAACUGGCAAGGACUCUACUCCACUAUAAGAGAGAGAAAUUCAGUAAUGUUCAACAAUGAGCUGAUGGCAGAUGUUCACUUUGUGGUGGGUCAGCCAGGAAGAACCCAGCGGCUGCCAGGACACAGAUAUGUUUUGGCUGUGGGCAGCUCAGUGUUCCAUGCCAUGUUUUAUGGUGAACUGGCAGAGAACAAUGACGAAAUCCAUAUUCCAGAUGUGGAACCGGCAGCAUUUCUGGCAAUGCUGAAGUACAUAUACUGUGAUGAGAUUGACCUGAGUGCUGACACAGUGUUGGCCACUCUUUAUGCUGCCAAGAAGUACAUUGUCCCACAUCUAGCACGUGCCUGUGUUAACUUCCUGGAGACCAGCCUGAGUGCCAAGAAUGCCUGUGUGUUACUCUCUCAGAGCUGCCUGUUUGAGGAGCCAGAGCUGACACAGCGCUGCUGGGAGGUGAUUGAUGCCCAGGCCGAACUGGCGUUACGCUCUGAGGGCUUCUGCGACAUUGACGCCCAGACCCUGGAGAGUAUCCUACAGCGAGAGACACUCAAUGCUAAAGAGAUAGUGGUAUUUGAGGCGGCGCUCAACUGGGCUGAGGCUGAGUGCCAGAGGCAGGAGCUUACCUCGUCGACUGAUAACAAGCGUAAGGUUUUGGGCAAGGCCAUGUACCUGAUACGUAUCCCUGCAAUGGCUCUCGAUGAUUUUGCCAAUGGAGCAGCCCAGUCGGGUGUGUUGACGCUUAAUGAGACCAAUGACAUCUUCCUGUGGUACACAGCAGCCAAGAAGCCUGAGCUGGAGUUUGUCAGCCAGCCUAGGAAGGGCCUGACACCCCAGCGCUGCCACAGAUUCCAGUCCUGUGCCUACCGAAGCAAUCAGUGGCGUUAUCGGGGCCGCUGUGACAGUAUACAGUUUGCAGUGGAUAAAAGAGUUUUCAUCGCUGGGUUUGGACUGUAUGGAUCUAGCUGUGGCUCAGCAGAGUACAGUGCCAAGAUUGAGUUGAAACGUCAAGGGGUACUGCUGGGACAAAACCUCAGCAAAUACUUCUCUGAUGGUUCCAGCAACACCUUCCCAGUUUGGUUUGAGUAUCCAGUCCAGAUCGAGCCUGAUACCUUCUAUACUGCCAGUGUGGUUCUGGAUGGGAAUGAGCUGAGUUACUUUGGGCAGGAAGGGAUGACAGAGGUUCAGUGUGGGAAAGUGACAUUUCAGUUCCAGUGCUCCUCGGACAGCACUAACGGCACAGGGGUGCAGGGGGGACAGAUUCCUGAGCUCAUCUUCUACGCUUGACAACCCCAGUGCACACAUUGACUGGUUUUUAGUGCACUGAUGGAAAACAGAAAUGAUCACUUUGUGCAUAGUGUCACUCUGUGUAAUUUUUUUUGUCACUACUGUUCAAAACAAUUUGAUCUCAGACAUGUGAAAGGGUCUAAUGUCGUUUUAAUUUCAGUAAUUGGUCCACUUGAGUAGGACCAGAUAUAUGUUUCAAGAUGUUGCAUUGUCCAAAUAUGUAGAUGAACAAAAGUCCUAAAAGAUUAAGAAAAAAAAAUCUGGCACUAAAUGUGCAUGUAUAUAUGAAUAUAUGUAAAUUCUGAAAAAUAUAUGAUGCCACAAUUGUGGCCAAUGCUGGCCACAAAAAUAUCUUAUAUGAUGAAUAUGCUACAGUAUGUUUAUUAUUUCUAUGUUUGCAUAGA